AUGUCUUCUUUUCAGCCUCUCCGCCGCUUCAACAACAAGCGAAACCAUACUCACAAAGUCUACUCGGGCCAGGACUCUGCUCGCGGUUCUACUACCAGCAUUUCCCCUAGCAUGACAAGCACCGAUGGGAAUCGGCCUGGUACAGCCUUCAGACAAGAAUCACCCGUGAAAAAUCAGGCCAAUGGGAGUCAAACCGUAGUGCUGGAUUUCCAAGAUCGCCAGAACUCAACGGCGUCUCACGGCGUUGAUUCUCCACAAGCAGUUGUUUCAAACACUUUCGACAUGGGCUCUGAGGAUGAGGAGGCAUCGUCUCUCCGUGGAAACCAAGAUAUCCACAUUCCAACAAGGACAACCAGCAUCGAGGGUGCCAAGCGCAACUUCUCCAGGCCCAAGAGUCGCGAGUUGGACACAUCCACUCCGGAAUCUAAAGAACGGCUCUCCACCGAGAAAAGCUCUGCUGAUUCCGUCAUGUCUUAUGAAACGAGAGCUAGCUCGGUGGGGACCAUCCCGCCAUUACAGACGAAAGCGGGCGCCGAAGACGACGGCAGGCUUGAGCCUCUUAUAGAAGACGACCCCGGCAACUUUGAUCUUGUCGCUCCUGAAGAGCAAGUGAGCAGGGACUAUUCCCUCGAAACACGGGCUGAGAAGAUUUUGUCCAAGGAACAUCUGCAAGCCAUCUUCUCGGAUCCGGCUCUGCUGAACAAGUUCACUUCGUUCCUGAGCGCCUACAGACCCAAAUCGCUGCCCCUCCUCGUGUACUAUCUGGAUGCUUUGAAAGCUCUUCGAGCAAUCAGUUAUGCCAAUGCGGUGGCAGAGGCACUCGAGCCAAUUGACGACUUGGAGUUCACCGCGCACCUGGCGAGACCAACAAUCAAUACCGUCCUUGAAGAGAAGGCCCAGCGCGCAUUCGAUCAGCUGGCCCAGGAAGAUCUGCCUGCGUACGUCAGCUAUGUGUGGGUCCAAGUUGUCAGCUUGAGCAUUCAGAUGAGGAUCACGGGGACCCUGCCUCCACAUUUGCGGGAGGCUUCCGAAGGGCUGGCCGAAACAUUCUGUCUCACGGAUCCGUCAAGGAAAGACAAUCCCAUUAUCUUUGCCUCCGAAGAAUUCCAUCGUACGACCCAAUAUGGCGUCAGCUACGCAAUCGGGCGCAACUGUCGCUUUUUGCAGGGCCCGCGGACGAAUCCGUUUUCGGUGAAGCGGUUGAGCAAAGCGAUCCGAGAAGGUACGGAGAUCAACGAGCUCAUCUUGAACUACCGACGCGAUGGAUCAACGUUCCUCAAUCUCCUGAUGAUGGCUCCCCUGAUGGACAACAGGGGCAAGGUCAGGUAUUUCAUCGGAUCCCAGGUGGACGUAAGCGGCCUUGCAAAAGAGUGCACCGAUCUCCCCGGGCUGAGACGGAUGCUUGCCAAAGACGGAGAGAUAGAGCUGGAGGACGACGAACAGGUGCCUCCGGAGCAGGAAAAGGACGAGUUCCAGGCGCUGAGCGAGAUGUUCAACCAAGGAGAGGUCAACACGGUGCGGAGGACUGGCGGGCACAUGCACAAGGAGCACGUUGAAGAUGACGACACGACUUCGAUGUAUCAUCAGCCACGACUGCUCAUCAAAGACAGCCCACCUCUUGGCGCCGGGUCAGAGAUCUUUGGCAAAGUCAGAAACAACGGGAAGCUAGCCGGGAUCUACAGCCACUAUCUGCUUGUCCGACCGCAUCCUUCUCUCCGCAUCCUCUUCACCUCGCCCUCUCUCCGCGUGCCGGGCAUCCUGCAGUCGGCUUUCAUGGACAGGAUUGGCGGCAGCUCACGAGUGCGCGAGGAACUGGGGCAGGCGCUAGCCGCGGGACGUGGCGUGACGGCCAAGGUGCGGUGGCUGGCUAGCCUGCGGCCAGACGACGAGGGCCGCAGCCGUUGGAUCCAUUGCACGCCGUUGCUCGGGCAGAACGGCAGCGUCGGGGUGUGGAUGGUUGUGCUCGUCGACGACCAUGCCAGCACCGCCAUGCGCAAGUUCCGCGCACCGCCGCCCGUGUCGCGACCCGUCGGCGGAACCAGGCAGUCCCCGCACCACCACGGCGGUGGCGGUGCGAACAGACCGGAACCCCGCAGUCCCACCAGCGCCUUCCGCGGAGGAGGAGCACCGGCGCCUUCCGUUGGCCGUGGCCGCCACCCCGUCCCCAUCAUCGACUCGCUGGCCGUCAGCAGCAAGUUCGAGCGCAACCUCACCGAGGAGGAGUUUGACCGUCAGAUCGAGGAGCGCGACCGCAUCCUGGGCCUCAGCAGUCCGCCGCUGCCUUCUUCGCGAUCCCCGCGCUUGUAUUCCGACCAGCUUGCCGGACGGUCUGCUAGCCCGCAUCCUCCGGGCACUGCUGGCAGCGGCGCCAAUUCCAUGGACUCGUUCCGCAUCUGA